AAUCAUAUGGUUGCUUUCAGAAUUUUCAGAUUCGGCAAGUAACAUUCAUUGAACAUAGAAGAUCAUGAAAAAACCAAGUGAAAAAUUUACUUAGAAAAUAAGAAGAAACGAUUUUGCCCCAACUUCCAUUGCAAGCGUAAAAUCAAAUUGAUUAUUUUUUAAGAAUAAUUCAAAGAAAGCUUUUAUUAUUUUGACAGGAGACAGUAUUUGAUUUUUUUAUAAAUAUGUUCUGAAAUUAUUCAACAACCUGUGUGGACACAGGAUUCCUAUUUGAGCAGCGGAGACUGAUGCCCGACCAUGGCGCGGGGGGACCGACCCAGCCCGGCGACCACCGCGCGGCCCCCGACGCCUGGAGGCACCCUGGAGACUCCUCGGCUGCCUACCAGUAUGCCAUGAUGCAGAACAACUAUGGUUGUUCAAGUAAGGAUCUGAAUGAGCAGAGCGUUGCAUCGUACUGUCACGUGGUGACUGGUAUUUACGAAGCCUCUACGUCUAUCCAGCAAUAUCAAGCCCCUAGAUACAACAGUCAAGCGCCAUCUUUCAGUUCGCCCCCGCACUCGCCGCUGGUCGGCUUGGUGUUCGACCCCUCGUCAUCCGGCUACAGUGGGCAGGGUCUGAUGGGCGACCGCGGCGGCCACCCCGAGCGCCGCCAUCAGACCUCGUGGGCCUUGUCGAACCCAGAGCCCAUCGGAACUGGAGCCAAGAAGAAGAUCAUGAAGAGCCAGGACAAGCGGCACGCGUACAGCGACCCGCGCUACCACCGCGAGCGAGACAGGGAGCUGCCGGGCGACCUGGAGCGACAGAGACGCAUGCUCGCCGCCGACUCCACCUCCAGCCUCGAUUUCUUCGUGGAGGGAGAGCGCAUGGUCUCCGAGCUCUGCAACAUCCCCGACCCGAGCACCCGCAUGGAUCACCACCAACACAAAACCAACAAAGACGAAGACAAAAACAAAGCAGGCUCCUCGGAUGCCCUUUUGUUAGCUUUAGACAAAAUUGUUAUUCAUGAUCAAAUACCGAACCUCAUCGUGCAACUGGCAAUCGAAGCUUGCACUGACGCGGAGAACAUAGCAAUAGCACACCACAAUAGACCGUGCUUUAAAAACAUCCAUUCUAUAUGCGCUAAAACAAGGUCUAAUGUUCAGAAACCAGACAGCGCAGUCGCUAACCUCCAUUCUCAAGGAAUUCCCUGGGUUAUCAAGAACUUUAUAUUUUCGUUUGUGAGAAUAUUAGACGGUUGGAAAGGCGUCAAGGAACUGCUGAGUGAGAAACACGAUACUUUUUCAAGAAUAGAAAACAAGUACUACAGCCCCAACAUCAGGGAGUGCUUCGUGCAGUGGCAGGCGGUCACCAAGGAAAUGCUGAGUCAUAUUUACAAAACUUUUAAAUGCCUCGAUCACGGUUUCACAAUGGAGCAGAAGAGUUUUACGCAUAACUAUUACGCGAACAACUCGGCGGCUCCUCGACACCAGAACCAGACCAAGUUCCAGAGCAAGCCGGCGCGGCCACCCGGCGCGUCCUCGCAGUACAACCCCGUGCAGCCGCCCUGGCUGCAGGCGCAGACCGCCAGCCAGCCCUUCCACGACAGCCCGUGGCCUAUGAGAUCUAGUGCGCCCAGUAAAAAGUAUCCGGUCGCCCCAUCACCAAGUGCGCACAACUUUUACUCUCUGAAUGAACAGAACGACAUGAGCAGCUACCAGAAAGCCCCGUACAAGUGUGACCCGUGCGGCGCGCGGGAGGCGAAGCCGCGGCAGUCGUGGACCAUCAGCGGCGACUGCCGGGAGCCGAGCGAGCGCGAGCUCUACGCGCAGCUCAAGCACCGCGUGGACGCCGAGCUCGGCAAGCAGGCGCUGCUGGGGAGCGCCCCCUGCGACCUCAUGCAGCGACGAGACAUGGAGCUCGCCAAGAUAAUACCGCUGAGCCACGUGGAGAAGUCUCUCAUCCCGAGCAUGGCGGCGGCGGAGGCGCGCUUCUCUCAGAAGAACAACAGCUGCGGCGACACUAAAGAAGAGACGGAUUUUUUUGCGGCGUGGGGUCAGAUGAUACAAAAAGAAACUAGUGAAUACAUAACUCAUCCUUCUCACAACAUUCAGAUUCCCCUGAAUGUUGUGGCGUUAUCUAACAAUAUAUCUGGCCCCGUACAAUUCAUUGAUCCUGAAAAUGAUGAGUUCCAUGAAAUGACUAAAGUUUAUAUGAAGCCUGGAAGCUACAAAGUACCGAUAAAACCUACGGACCCCCUGUCUUCUUUUCUGCAAGGAGCGUCGCAGGAGGUGGUCUACGAGAGCCCGGUGGAGGAAUUGGCUCCUCAGAAAAUGAAGGUUGCGUUUCAGGCUGUGACCCUGGCUCCACAGCCCAAGUACAACCCUGACUCGUGGCCCUGCAUGGUCCCGCGACGGAGUGAGGAUCUGUUUGCAGACGACCGCCUGCAGCGCGCACCUUGCCUAGACAUGAGGAGUACUGACCCUCUAGAGCUGCUGACCGCGAUGACGUCAGACCGCGCCUGGGAGGCGGCCAAGCAGUCCGCUCCGAAGCUGAUGGACUUCAUCCACGAAGGCUCCAAGUCCGACACGGCGAGGCUGUAUGACGCGCUGGGACUCUCUACCAACGAUGAGUUCGCAGACGAUAUAAAGCAAAUCCAAUUGAAUUUGGAGAACAAUACUGGUUGGCUGACCGACUUGCCCGCUGAAGUGCCGGCGCAGUGGGACCAGCAGCCCGUGGACCAGCCGGAGCCGGUGGCCCCACCGCCCCAAGACCACUCCAUAUUUAGUGAAGACCACGUGAAAUGUCUCGAUACAUCAAUCAAAUCUUUAGAGUCCAAUGAUGAGAAUCCCAACAGCCAUCCCAAGUCCGACGAGAGCAAGGAAAACGCUCGACGUCUGAACUACGACCACACUGGCAGCCACGUGCGGGAUGAGACACAAAAGAAGAGUAACAAAACGAAAGUGGCUGCUUCGGGCAUGUGGUACCACCCGAAGAAGAAAAAACCUCUUCCCUCGUCGACCGUGAAGAAGUUUGAAGCAGUCAUAUCGAAGCUGUCGCAAAUCAGUGAAGCCAAUUUUAUCCGGGACGAUAUGGAUAUAAAGAUGGCUCCACGAUUCUACGAGGUGGUGAAGUACCCGAUGUGCCUGCACGACAUCUCGGCCAAGCUGCGCACCGCCGCCUACUCCGACCACGACCAGGUCGUGCACGACUUCAAGCGCAUGUUCAACAAUGUCAAACUCUAUCUCAAGAGCUAUCCAGACCAAGUGAUGAAAAAGAGUGUAAACAAAGUGGCUACAGAAUUUGAAAAACUGCUAGCUGAAGAAUUUCGAAGCAAAUCAGAUAGUAAGAACAACAAACAUCAGGACAACGGUUCUGAAAACCGUGAGAAUAAAGAAAGAAAGAAGGAAAGGAACGCAGAAUCUACAGUUAGUGAGAACAAAGCUGAUGAAGCAGCAAGUAAGAAAUCAGACCAUAAAUAACGUAAAUUUGAAAGACUGAUCACAUUAUAUAUAAGGAUACUUAUUUACAGAACAUUGUGUUUUUGAUAAAUUUCUCAUCGUGAAUUAUUUGACAAAAAAAUUCAUACACUUGGUCGAUUAUUUUAUUUUUGUCAAAUUGUUUCUUUUGCAUUGGUUAACUUUACUCAUCUAGUCAAACCAGACAUUGCGUUUUGUUUUAUUGAAAAAUGUUUGUGUUGUUAUCAGAACUUUAAAGUAAGAUUGAUAUAAAAGUAGGUUAUGUUGUUAAUGUUAAGUGCUUGCCGAUUUUUGAAGUCCUUUUAUUGCCUCAAGGCGUUUGAUCGUUCGAAUUAUUUCAUUUGGGCGGCGUAUUUGGUGCCUUUUCAUCAGCUUUUGGCAAGCUCGAUUUAUUUCCAUUGCUAUUUUAGUUUGUUACUUUAAGAACUCUUACUAAAAAAUACAUCGUCAGUAAAAAUCCUGUCCCGAGGUUCCAACUAAGUACUGUUGUAGGGUUUAGCAGUGAGAAUCAUAUGUUUAAUACUUUGGUUCAUGUCAAUGAUCGUGCUUGAUAGGCUUAUAAAAGGCACCCUCCAUUACUGAAAUUGUUAAUUUGUUAUCAUUUGUUUUAAUGGUAAUUCCUUAUCGUUACGCUGGAUGCCCGAAUGAAAAUAUUCGGUAUUAAUUCUUCUCUUUCCUUUAUUAGAUCUUAGUUUAUUGUUAACACACUAGCGUAGUUGUUUCGUUUUCUAAUCUCAUGCUUUACUCUCAUGUAUCAUUGUAUCCCAUAUUCCCUAUCAUUAUUAAACGCAAGUGUUGAUUUUGUAUGCAGAAUAGAAAUUUAUGUUGACAUGCUUAUCAAGAAUUCGGUUUUAUUUGAUGCAUAAAAGACUCUGCUUACGACGAUUUCUGUGAAGUAAAUAUUAGUUAUUUUUUAUACUUAAUCUCUAUCUGUGAUGUAUGUUUAGGUAAAAGUUAAUAGAUUGAAGUUUUAUCACGUUUAUUAUACGACUAAAAUGAACAUGUAAAUAAUAUGCAAUAACUUACAUAAAGCUUACCAUCAAAUACUAUUAGAACAAUGCACACUUGUCUUUUGUACUUUUGUACCAUUUUCGCAUGGUUCAAACAGAUCGUGGAAUGAGAUAUGUCGAGAGAUUAAAACCUGGCCUGAUAUUAGCGCUUUAGAAUUUCCUAAUUCCUGAUGUAGUUGGAAGAGUGAUAUGGCUACAGAAUUAUGUUCUAUAGCAUGCCUAUAAUGAUUCUGAUGAUGAUGAUUGAAUUAAAGAAGAAUUCCUGAUGUAACUGUAGAACACCAUUCUGUAGCCGACACGUCGUUACAAAAGUUUUCUGUCAGGCAUCAUUCUGUAGCUGUAGCCAUUUUAGGUACUCUUCCACCUAGCUGAUACAUACAGGUGGCCACAUGAUCACAGUUUGUUCGUAGUACCUAUCAAAAUAAACACUGUUUAACUAAGUACAUGUUAAAAUAGUCGCUUGUAUACAACCCUAACUUAAAUUUAAGAUUUUUUUAAUGAAACUUUGUUAACUUUCAGUCGCGCUCAUAAUUUAGAUAUUAAAUUGAAAACUAUUUUUGAUUAUAUUUAUUUUACCUGCCAUAUUGAUAGAAUAAGUGAAUUUCCUAAAUAGUUUGAUUAUAAUUUGGUGGCUAUUUUGGUUAGUUUUGAUUGUGACUAAAUUCCAAAUUCUAAUCUAAAAGGAUUCAAAGUUAAUUUUAAGUAUUCGUUAAGUUGUGAAUUUAUUGUUUAGCUUAUUUAACUAAAAUUAUGGCAAGGAACUCGUAUGAUGAAUAAAAAGUUAUUUGGUAUUUA